CUUGAGCCAGAAGCCGGUCGUCGCCCCCCACGUCGUGAGGCCCCGUUUCUGUGCCGCAUCUGUUUAAUCCCUCCGGGGAGGAGCCGCCGCUCGAGAGCCUUUGCCCGACGCGCAGAGGUUUCCUCGCGAGGACGGCCGGAAAAGCUCCGCGUCUGGUCUCGGGUACCGCCCGCACCCCCACACUGGACACCUGCCGCGGCCUGGGCGCGGCGCCCGGAACCGAGGGCCGGGCGGGCCUGCACAUCCGGUCCCACCCACCCGGGGGCACUGCCUCGCGAGCCCGACAGACAGACCCGGGGUUCGGGGACACACACCCCUCCUGGCGCCGGGGCCCCGAGCCGAACAGAGGGCCGGGCGGGGCCUGCACGCCCGGCCCCACCCACCGGGGGUUUGCCUGGCGAGCCAGACCGACCCGGGGUUCGCGGACACACCCCCCUCCAGGCCGCCCCAACUCUGCCCAUUCCUUCCCCAGUCCCUCUGCUGCUCGGUUUUCGACCUUGCACGGAAAGGGGAUGCACCCCAGAAAACCAUAUUGCAGGGACAUACCUUGUUUGGAGAAGAGGCCAGGUUUGAGGACUUUAGGGGUACACUUGUUAUCGGGAUCCUUGCGCAGGUUUGAUUCAUCGGCCUGACACACCUGGUGCCUGCUGACACCCCACCUCUACCUUCCCACACUUCCCAUCAACAUUAAAUAGGGAGUCCCCCGAGGCUUCCUUGAGCCCUGGCUUUGAGCUAGACAUAAGGUUGGCCCAACACACAAAGCACAGUCCAGAGCUGGAACAUGACUGCAGCGCUGAGUCCUCAGAUCGACGAGCCCCUAGAGAUUGAGGGGUGCCUAAUAAUGAAAGUGGAAAAGGACCCCGAAUGGGCAUCGGAGCCCAUUCUGGAAGGAUCAGCUAGCACUGAGUGUGAGACCUUCCGCAAAUGCUUCAGGCAAUUCUGUUAUGAGGAUGUGAGGGGACCUCAUGAAGCUUUUAGUAAACUCUGGGAACUUUGCUGCCGGUGGUUGAAGCCAGAAAUGCGUUCCAAGGAGCAGAUCCUUGAGUUGCUGGUGGUCGAACAGUUUCUCACCAUUUUACCGGAGAAGAUUCAGGCUUGGGCACAGAAGCAGUGUCCUGAGAGUGGAGAGGAGGCGGUGGCCCUGGUCAUCCAUUUGGAAAAAGAGACAGGAAGCCUGAGACCACAGGUCAAUGGUCCUCUGCACUCAGAGAAGCAAGCCCCACGUGGAACUGUGUGGGAGAUAGCAGAAUUCCAGCCAGAACAGGUAGAGCCCCAACCCAGAGUGGUGUCUCUGGAAGAAGCUAGAAACCUCCACUCAGGAUACCAGGAACAGCUGGCCCGAAAGAGAGUGCAUCAGCCCUUACCCAAGAAUGCUCAGUCUUCCCCCUGGGUUCCUGCUUCUGCUAAUGAGUGGAGCACUAUAAAUGAGGAGGUGACAACAACACAUCUUCCUGUCAGGUCCCAGGAACCCCCAAGAGAUACCCACACAAGAGGGGUUUCCUUCCGAAGGAGAGUACACCCAAUUCCUGCUCACAGAGGCCUCUGCCAGGAUGUCAGGAAGGAGAGUGCUGGGAACAUGGUCUCCCUGGGGGGUGCAGUGUCUUCAUCUAACAAGACAGCCCAGUUGGAACAAAGAAAGGAGCCUUGGACUGUAGGCCUACAUUCCUUGAAUAAGAGGAGCAUUCUGCAGAGCAGUUAUGUCAAGGAAAAGGCAGUGCAUGCUGUCCAGAUCCCUGCCAGGAGUGUCGGGAAAGCAUGGAGGGAGCAGCAGCAGUGGGGUUUAGAAGAUGAAAAGAUAGCAGGUGUGCACUGGAGCUAUGAAGAAACUAAGACUUUCCUUGCAAUUCUCAAGGAGUCUCGCUUUUAUGAAACACUCCAGGCUUGUCCCCGAAAUAGCCAGGUGUACGGUGCUGUGGCUGAGUGGUUGCGGGAAUGUGGCUUCCUCCGAACACCAGAGCAGUGUCGGACCAAGUUCAAAAGUCUUCAGAAAAGCUAUCGAAAAGUGAGGAAUGGCCACGUGCUAGAACCCUGUGCCUUCUUUGAGGACAUGGAUGCCUUGCUGAACCCUGCAGCCCAUGCGUCAUCUGCUGACAAGCCAAAGCAGGUGAUCUCCCUUCCCCGACUGAAGAGAAUCGCUGUCUGCACUAGAGAACAGGUCAGUUUGGUGGAGGAGGAAGCUGCCGAAGAAUCUGAUGGUGAUGAAAUGGGCGUUGAAUUUAUCCGCAAAUCUGAAGUUCGUGGUGCCCCUGUCUUGUUUCAAAACCUGAGUGGUGUGCAUUGGGGCUAUGAAGAAACCAAGACCUUUCUUGACAUCCUUCAUGAGACUCGAUUUUAUGAAGCUCUUCAGGCCUGUCAUCGGAAGAGCAAGUUGUAUGGGGCCGUGGCAGAACAACUUCGAGAAUGUGGCUUCCUCCGGACACCAGAACAGUGCCGAACCAAGUUUAAAAGCCUUCAGAAGAGCUACCGCAAGGUGAAGAGUGGCCAUGUGCUAGAGACAUGUGCGUUCUACAAGGAGAUGGAUGCCCUAAUUAACUCUCGAGCCCCUGCCCCCUCCACCAACACUCCAGAAGAAAUACCUCCACCCCCAAGACAAGAAAGGGUGCAUAUUGAGGUUGAACCCCAGGAAUCUACAGGCUGGGAAGCUGAGGAGAGUUCACAGGAGGCAAUAAUAGACGAUUGUGGAAGUGACAGGAUGAGCGAGGACGAAACUGUACAAGAGCCAGAAUUCCAGGGACCUCCAGGUCUACUGCAAAGCCCACAUGAUUUUGAAAUUGUAAGUACGAUCAAGGAGGACCCGGCUCAUGUACUGUAUAAAGACACAGAUCCACGUCAGGCAUUCCUAGAAAAGCCUAAAAGAACGGUUUCCCAGAGUGCUGAUCCCAGCAAGUAUGGAAAAAGAGAAUGCAUCUCAGGAAGACAGUGGGCAAACUUUCAAGCGGUGAGACAAGGGAAGCUGACAGCUCAGCCAAGAGACCUGGGGAGAGCUGUUGUGCAUCCCAGGCCUUUCGUGGGGAAGAGACCCUCCAGACUCCUCAGGUAUGGAGAGAGCUUUGGAAAGAAUGCCCGGCUUGUGGGCCGGAUGUCCCACCAGAAAGAGAACCCCUACAAGUGCGGUGUCUGCGGCAAGGGCUUCGGUAGGAGCCGGAGCCUGAUGAGACACCAAAGAAUCCACACGGGAGAGAAGCCUUUCAAAUGCCUGGACUGUGGGAAAAGUUUUAAUGACUCCUCAAAUUUUGGAGCCCACCAGAGAGUGCACACGGGCGAGAAGCCGUACCGAUGUGGAGAGUGUGGGAAGUGCUUCAGUCAGAGCUCGAGUCUGGUCAUCCACCAGAGGACUCACACGGGCGAGAAGCCCUACCAGUGCGGGCAGUGCGGGAAGAGCUUCACCAACAGUUCACACUUCAGCGCCCACCGCAGAGUCCACACUGGGGAGAAUCCCUACAAGUGCGGGGACUGUGAGAAAAGCUUCAGUAACUGCACCCGAUUUCGAGAACACCGGCGAAUCCACACAGGGGAGAAGCCCUAUGGAUGCGGCCAGUGUGGCAAGCGUUUCAGUAAGAGUUCCAUCCUCACCAAGCACCGGGAGGUCCAUGGGAGAGACAAGCUCCUGCCACACCCUGCCUCGCUCUACUCCCCAGAGAUGCUGCCCAAGGGGAAGAGUGAAGAGUUCAGGAAAACUUGAUGAUGGGCUCUCCUCGUCUUCCUCUAUGCCCUUUUAGUCAUCUGACCCCAGCCUGGCUCUCCAAGCAAGGCAAAAAAAAAAAAUGUAGUUGACAAUGUAAAUAAUCUAGGCCUUCACCCUGUCUCACCUCCUCCUCUAAAUCCAUCUCCAGUGCAUCACUUCUCCUCCACUCAAGUGGUAAGGAGAGAUGGUCUCAGUGGAGACUAAAAUGUGCAGUGUGCGGAGGCCAGCGACCUGCAAGGUCCUGUCCUGUGGGUGAGCGUUGAUGUCCAGGAGAUGAAUGCCCAAAGGUUUGUGGUGCUGGCUGUCUACCACCGGAGAUGCUAGGUGACACUUGACAAAGGAUUGUCACCUUUGGGUAGAACUUUCUGGAAUCAAUCCAAUCCAAAUUCCCUCAGACCCAUCUCUUUUUGGAAGAUACUCACAAAAGAAAAGAUUCUGUCACCUCCUUCAGGAGUCUGUGUGUUGAGAAGCUGAUCCAAAUAUCUGGGGCUGACUUGGUCUGUCGUCACUGAAGUCACGUGAUGAGGCCUCACCUUCCAUGAGGGGAGCAGUUGAUUGUCCAUCCAUCCUUCUCUGUACCUGAAUGCUGUGCCUGCUGCCUCGCCAGCCUUCCAGUAAUCCGGGCUCCUUCUGCUGUUUUACACAAGUCCCACACUUACCUCUGGAUUCCUCUGGGUGCUCUUACCCGACUCCUCAGGACUGUCCUGUUCCACGUCGAUAGCAGAGGAUGCAUGCUCAUGGGGUCUUGUUAAAGUAGCAUUUCAGACAUGUUCAAGGUCUUCCCCAACUUCUCUUACCCAGAACAUGACUGCUGUGUUGGCAUAUUUAUACCUCCCACCCCACUGUGGUACUACACAAUAGUGAAACCGUUAGUGGACUUCUCAGGCCUGGGUUAGAUCAGAGAGGCGCCACGGUGCACACCAGCAGCUCCCAGAGGACUGGCUGUUAGAGAGGCCGGCCUCUGUGCAGCUUUGUUCACAGGAUCCUGAACCCACCCGUAGAGCCCUGAGUAGCUAUAGAACGUCAUAGCUGAUGCAGUGAAGGUGGAAAUACUGAUAGAAACUUUCAGUCCAGCACUCAGAUUUUAUUUUCUUCAGUUACUGUUUUGUCUGAAAAAAAAAAAUCUCUUUGGAAAUCCCCAGCAACUAUGGGCAGAACAGUUCAGGUUGGGGAACAGACCAUCCAUCUGUGGCGUCACAGCUGAAAAGGGGAAAAUCUGGUCUCCUGAAGCCAGUUGCUUCCCAGUGAGGCCUGUGGCACUGUACCCUAAGGCCCAGGUGGCCCAGGGUGGCUUUGCCACAGG